AUGAAUCCAAUGUGGAAGGUUUAUAAAAGCAAAGUGCUGAAGACUAUUAAUCCCGAAUAUGAGGAGGACAUUGCUGAGGAGGUCACAGAGGUGGAGAACGAUAUGAGUCCAGUGCAGGAGGAUGAGGGGCCCAACGCUGUCUCCCAGCUGGCCAGGAAAAUGCAGGGGGCAGGAGCUAAAAGCUGGAAUCGGCUAUCAGCGCUCUUCAACAAAGAUGAUGAACACCAGCUCCUAGAGGAGACUGAGAGCUCCCCUGUCGCUGACCAUCCGCUUGCAGCAAAGCCCGAGGAGCCUCCGCGACCCACCAGGCGCACGGGAUUCUGGGAUAGCUUUGCGUCCAACUGGGCAGCCAAGAAGCAGGCCGAAGCUGCUGCGGCCGCCGCUGCUGCUGCUGAGAACGAGGCAGCAACAGGAGAGGGUGAGGAAGGGGUGAGAGAGGCUGGAGGGGCGGAAAGCCAGCAGGAUGGGCAGGUCACUGAGGGAGAGCAGAGUGAAGGGGGAGGAAGGAGCAACAAUAGCUUCUCCAAGUACGUCUCGCUGGGAGGAGGCAACGAGGAUGCGUCUUUCAAAUGGAACUUUGUUACCAGCAAGCUGGCAGAGCUGAAGACCAAGACCAAUUAG